UUUUCCCUCUGAGGACGUGAUAUUCUCUCUCAAAUGGGUGUUUUACUUUGCAGUCCUGGCACUAAAGUCACUUCCCAAAUGCUACAAAUGAGAUUUGAUCCUCAAGGAGGUUUUGGAAAAAAACCAGUCUAGACAGUUAUACCCCAUUAAUGUACAACCUAAAUUUGACAAAACUGGACUAGGGUAUCCAAAUUUAUAGACAGGGCCAUUGUCUCUCAGACUGCUGAUCCCAUAACUUGGAAAAACAACUCUCCGGUAUGGGUUGAAAAAUGGCCCCUUUCAUCUGAAAAGAUAUCAGCAGCAAAACAGUUAGUACAACAGCAAUUAAAACAAGGCCAUAUAGAGCCCUCUACUAGUCCCUGGAAUACUCCAAUUUUUGUUAUAAAAAAAUCAGGUAAAUGGAGACUGUUACAGGAUUUAAGAGCUGUUAAUAUGGAGGAUAUGGGUGCUUUGCAACCUGGACUACCAUCGCCUUCUGCUAUUCCUAGAGGUUAUAAUAUUGUAAUAAUUGAUCUGCAAGACUGCUUUUUCUCCAUUCCCUUAUAUCCCCCGGAUUGUCAAAGAUUUGCAUUUAGCAUUCCUUCAGAAAACUUUAAGCAGCCUUAUCAGAAAUAUCAAUGGAAAGUCCUUCCACAGGGAAUGAAAAAUAGUCCUACCCUUUGUCAGAAAUUUGUAGAUACUGCUCUUCAAACUGUUAGACAAAAUUUCCCUGAAGUGUAUCUAAUACAUUAUAUGGAUGAUAUAUUAAUUGCUCAUUUAGAUAGGAAAGUUCUUCAAACAGUUCUAACAGUCACUGUAUUAACCUUGAAAGAAUUUGGAUUGCAAAUAGCACCUGAAAAAAUCCAAACAGAGCCACCCUUUUCUUAUUUGGGUAGAACCUUACAAACUUCCUUUUACACCCACCAACCUUUAGAACUUAGAAGAGAUCAUUUGCAAACCUUAAACGACUUUCAAAAAUUGUUAGGAGAUAUCAAUUGGAUUAGACCUUUACUUAAGCUUACCACUGCAGAUUUAAAGCCAUUGUUUAAUGUUUUACAAGGAAACUCCGAUCCCAGGUCUCCCAGGAAUCUUACGCCUGAGGCAGCAGAGGCUUUAACAGUUGUGGAAAAACACAUCAACACAGCCACUUUGCA